CCACUCCGGUAAAGCACUUCUGAAUACCCUCAGUCGAGGAUCGUCAGCGUGGUCGCAAGUGAGGGUCUAAGACUCGCCAUGGUCCCAUACUAGGGCAAUUCUCAGCCUAGUUAGCCGACAAGCCAUGCUUUCCUCAACCGAUGACACAAGCUCGAUCUCUGGAUCUCAGGGCCCUGUCCAAGACCCCAAUAUUGGCGCGGGGUGCUCGUGCUCGAUUGCAUGUAUAAUUCGGAUUCCCCAGGUUUCCCUUAGUCAAUGGGCUACACGCCAUGGUCUUCCAUAGGUCAAUGUCAGGUUAAGCAUUGACUGUCUUCCUCUUUGAAACUGUCACUCGAGCACGUCAUUUCGGUACGCUUUUCUUUGAUAUUUGAACUCCUUCUGCCGCAGUUAUGGGGGGCCAAGGCUUCGAGAUGUCUUUCCAGCGCGAGCUGGCGACGCAGUCAUGGACUUUAUACGGAAUUGGGAUAUUCGUCAUUCUUCUCAGAACAUUCGCACGAUGGCGAAGAGCCCGAAGUCCUGCUCUGCUUGCCCCGGACGACUGGCUGAUGAUGACUGCUGUUCCGGCCUUAUAUACGACGCUCAUCGUGUGCCUCAAUGUGAUUGCUACUGGAGGAGGAAGUAAUCUAUAUCCCCCAGAGCAAUUCGAAACUUUUACUCAGGAGGAUAUCGAGGAGCGUAUCAAAGGCUCAAAGAUCGUGGUCGUCUCCGAGCAAGCAAUGCUCAAUGUGAUUUGGACGUUGAAGUGUUGCAUGCUGUUUAUGUAUGCACGGAUGACCCAAGGCACGAAGCAUCUGAAAUAUGUCAAAUAUCUGGCCAUCUACGUUGCGAUUGGUUGGGUAGCGGUAGAAACCGCUUUUUUCACGGCCUGCCGUCCGUUCAAGGGCUACUGGGGCAUGCCGCCACCAAACCCGCAGUGUACCACUUUAGAGCACUACGCGAUUGUGCAGGCGGUCUUCAACCUGAGCAGCGAUUUCUGCAUGCUGUUAAUACCUCUGCCCAUGGUCGUCUCUCUGAGUCUCCCCCUAAAGCAGAAGAUUGUAUUGGGCAUAAUAUUCAGCAUGGGUACCUUCGUUAUCAUCGCCGCAAUUCUCACCAAAGUUUACAACCUCUCCGACGUAUACGACACCGCAUAUAUGCUCUGGUACACCCGCGAAGCCAGCGUCGCCGUCUACGUCGCCAAUCUCCCCGGCAUCUGGCCCCUCCUCCGCGAACUAAUCCCGUUCCUGCGAAGCCACAACACCUACCCUCAAGGCAGUGCCGGCCUCCCACGCUACGCCUCGCAAUACGGAAAUAUGUCUAAGGGAAAUCGCAGUCGCAUCGUAUCAACGCAGAAAGAGAACGACGAUGAGAUCGAGCUCAGUCGCCGUUCCUUUUCGAAGUCAACUAAGUCUAUGCAUUCGUCGGAGAAGGUGAUCACGGAGGAAGAGAGAGUGGGCCAUUUUGGAAGGAAGCUUGGUGAUUUGACGCAUACGAGGAGGGGGAGUCCGGAAAGUGACGAGAGAGUGCUGAAUGACGCGAGCGGUUGGGGAAAGAUUGGAUUGGCGGUGCAUGUUGACAAGACUAUCGAGGUGCAUAGGGCGAGUUGGGAUGCGAACCAGGGUGUCGGUAUGGGAGUGGUCGGCGUUCAGGCGCCGCGGGUUAAGAUUGAGGGGCCUGAAGGGGAGGUUGUGGCUAAGUGAGGAGCCUUGCUUGGGUGGACACAGGCGAGUGUCAGCUCGGCCCCUUCGCGACCUCGUCCUAGAAAUGAUGCUGUUACGAUAUGUUACGGUUUUGCGAUUUGGUAGCG